GCUGCAGGCAAAAACCCGGCGCUUCUCUCCCAUCAAGAACGCAACUGAGAUGGAAAAAUGGCCUAGUCUGUUUCUGGUUUUGGAGGUGUUUUUUUCAACAGUCCUGAGCUACCCAAAUGGAGAAAUCGAUAUGGCUUGUGAUUCGCUGUUACCCAUGCAUGGGAACUCUGCCCCACAGAUCUCUCCACCACCAUAUGCCAUCUUUGUCUCCAGCACUGCAUUUAAUCCAGGCGAUGAGAUCACAGUAUCUCUAACAGCGAUGAAUGACUCCAGUUUUAAAGGAUUUUUACUACGGGCCCAAACAAUUGGAGGAUACGUUGCAGUUGGUGCUUUUCGAAUCAUAACUCCUAACACCCAAGGCCUUGUGUGUAACAGCAUUCAGAAUUCUUCUGUGAGUCACACUGACCGGAAAAGCAAGCAAAAAAUAUCUGCAAUUUGGGUUGCUCCUCCUGAUCUGAAGCAUGUAAUCUUCAGCGCAACAGUGCUUCAUAAUUUUACAGUCUUCUGGGCAGAGGUUCAAAGCCAAAUUCUUGUAUCUUCCAGUCUACCACUUUCAAUGUCCUCAAAAGAAGUGUGUGGUGCACAGAAGUUCUGUUUCAGCAGCCCUGCAGGCUGUGAUCCACGUGACUCGAACUGUUACUUUAUGUCAUCACAGGCAUUGAAGAGUGGUGGUUUCAAAUUUGAAAUGAGUGGACUUUCAGAUGGUUAUGUAGCUAUUGGCUUUUCCAAUGAUGCUAUCAUGGGUAAUGAUGACAUCUAUAUUUGUGGAAGGAAUGCUUCAGAUCAUAUUGAAGUUCAACAUGCCUUCUCAACUGGGUAUACUAUUCCAAGUACUCAGUCUCUGGGGAAGGUGGAAAUCCUGGCAACAUCCUUUAACAAUGGACUCAUCAGAUGUUCUUUCAUUUCAAGAAAUGCCAUAUUGACGCAGUCAGGAGCUGGUGGUGACAGUUUAUAUUAUGUAUUUUUGGCGCAUGGGCCAUCAUCAGCUGGGCAGAUACUGAAGCAUCAAAGGACACCCUUUGUCACUAAACAGAGGGUGAACAUUUCAAGCUCUGAAACUCAAGGUGGCACUUGGUCUACACCCUUGAUUAUUAAGGCUCACGGGGCUCUCAUGUUGGUUGCUUGGAUGGCCACGGGCAGCAUAGGAAUGGUAUUUGCUAGGUACUUGAAGUCCAUAAAAAAACCUCUCCUUGGAAAAGAUAUUUGGUUUCAGAUUCACUUUUGGGUGAUGUUGCUAACUGUAGCUGUAACAAUAAUUGCUUUCAUAUUGGCAUUUGUGGCAAGAAAAGGAUGGAGUAGUGGUGCAGAAGCACAUGCUGUUAUUGGAUGCAUUGUUAUGGUUCUAUCUUUCUUUCAACCUUUGAUAGCUUUUUUCCGCCCUUCUCCUCAAAGUAACUGGAGGUUCAUUUUUAAUUGGUUUCACAUGCUUAAUGCUUUAGUCAUCAAAGUAUUGGCAGAUGCUGACCUAUUUUUGGGACUACAGAUGCUCAGCUCUCCUAACCACUGGAUGGUUAAAACUAUGGGUGGCUUUGUGGGCUGGGAAGUGUUAAUAGCCAUCAUACUGGAUGUAAACCUCUGGUUAAAAACGAGAGAAACAUAUGACAAUUCACAGGCCAAGGUGAAAAGUGAAAUAUUACUGCUGCUAAUAUAUCUGUGUGGCAGCCUGGCAUUUGUAAUAGCCCUCCUUGUGGGUAUCGGAAAAAGUUAA